UCCCGGCCGGGGCCUCGCCCCCGCCUGCACACCUGGGCGGCCGGAGACUCAGGUACGCGACCCGCGCGCGGCGCUGGAAGGCCGGGUCAGAGCCGUCAGCCCUCAUCCUCCUGCCACAGCCCUGCCAGCCUCGGCCCCAUGCCCCCGCCAGCCAGCCCCGGGCCACAGGCAGUGAGUUGGCACGUGGGAGCCAAGGCCCUGUGACCAGGCCAAGGAGACGAGAGCUCGGGGGUCCCGGCCACUUGUCCCCCCCAUGGAGCUGAGGCCCUGGUUGCUAUGGGUAGUAGCAGCAGCAGGACCCUUGGUCCUGCUGGCAGCUGAUGCCCAUGGCCAGAAGGUCUUUACCAACACUUGGGCUGUGCACAUCCGUGGAGGCCCGGCUGUGGCUGACCGCCUGGCACGCAAACAUGGCUUCCUCAACCAGGGCCAGAUCUUCGGAGACUAUUACCACUUCUGGCAUCGAGCUGUGACAAAGCGGUCCCUGUUGCCUCACCGCCUGCGGCACAGCCGGUUACAAAGGGAGCCUCAAGUACAGUGGCUAGAGCAGCAGGUGGCAAAGCCACGGAUCAAACGGGAUGUGUACCAGGAGCCCACGGACCCCAAGUUUCCCCAGCAGUGGUACCUGUCUGGUGUCACCCAGCGGGACCUGAACGUGAAGGAGGCCUGGGCCCAGGGCUACACAGGGCGCGGCAUUGUAGUCUCCAUCCUGGACGACGGCAUCGAGAAGAACCACCCAGACUUGGCAGGCAAUUAUGAUCCUGGGGCCAGCUUCGAUGUCAAUGACCAGGACCCUGACCCACAGCCUCGGUACACACAGAUGAAUGACAACAGGCAUGGCACACGGUGUGCGGGCGAGGUGGCCGCCGUGGCCAACAACGGCGUCUGUGGUGUGGGUGUGGCCUACAACGCCCACAUUGGAGGGGUACGCAUGCUGGAUGGUGAGGUGACAGAUGCAGUGGAGGCGCGCUCGCUGGGCCUGAACCCCAACCACAUCCACAUCUACAGUGCCAGCUGGGGCCCCGAGGAUGACGGCAAGACCGUGGACGGGCCAGCCCGCCUUGCUGAGGAGGCCUUCUUCCGGGGGGUCAGCCAGGGCCGUGGGGGGCUGGGCUCCAUCUUUGUCUGGGCCUCGGGGAACGGGGGCCGGGAACAUGACAGCUGCAACUGCGACGGCUACACCAACAGCAUCUACACGCUGUCCAUCAGCAGCGCCACGCAGUUCGGCAAUGUGCCCUGGUACAGUGAGGCCUGCUCGUCCACACUGGCCACGACCUACAGCAGCGGCAACCAGAAUGAGAAGCAGAUCGUGACCACUGAUUUGCGGCAGAAGUGUACAGAGUCACACACGGGCACCUCGGCCUCUGCCCCCCUGGCAGCUGGCAUCAUCGCGCUCACCCUGGAGGCCAAUAGGAACCUCACUUGGCGGGACAUGCAGCACCUGGUGGUACAGACCUCAAAGCCAGCACACCUCAAUGCUAACGAUUGGGCCACCAAUGGUGUGGGCCGGAAAGUGAGCCAUUCGUAUGGCUACGGGUUGUUGGAUGCGGGUGCCAUGGUGGCCCUGGCCCAGAACUGGACGACGGUGGCCUCCCAGCGGAAGUGUGUCAUUGACAUCCUUGCUGAGCCCAAGGACAUCGGGAAGCGGCUGGAGGUGCGGAAAACUGUGAGCGCCUGCCUGGGGGAGCCCAGCCACGUCACGCGGCUGGAGCACGUUCAGGCGCGUCUCACCCUGUCCUACAAUCGCCGUGGCGACUUGGCCAUCCACCUGGUCAGCCCCAUGGGUACCCGCUCCACCCUGCUGGCCGCCAGGCCACACGACUACUCCGCAGAUGGGUUUAAUGACUGGGCCUUCAUGACAACCCAUUCCUGGGAUGAGGAUCCCUCUGGCGAGUGGGUCCUGGAGAUUGAAAACACCAGCGAAGCCAACAACUAUGGGACGCUGACCAAGUUCACCCUUGUGCUGUAUGGCACGGCCCCCGAGGGGCUGCCCGCGCCUCCCGAGAGCAGUGGCUGCAAGACGCUCACAUCCAGCCAGGCCUGUGUGGUGUGCGAGGAAGGCUUCUCCCUGCACCAGAAGAGCUGUGUCCAGCACUGCCCACCAGGCUUUGCUCCCCAAGUCCUCGACACGCACUACAGCACUGAGAAUGACGUGGAGACCAUCCGUGCCAGCGUCUGUGCCCCCUGCCACCCCUUGUGUGCCACCUGCCGGGGGCCAGCCCCCACAGACUGCCUCAGUUGCCCCAGCCACGCCUCCCUGGACCCUGUGGAGCAGACAUGCUCCCGGCAAAGUCAGAGCAGCCGAGAAUCCCCGCAGCGGCCACCCCGGCCACCCUUGGGGGUGGAAGCAGAACCACGGCUGCGGGCAGGGCUGCUGCCCUCACACCUACCUGAGGUGGUGGCCGGCCUCAGCUGCGCCUUCAUCGUCCUGGUCUUCGUCACCGUUUUCCUGGUCCUGCAGCUGCGUUCAGGCUUCAGCUUCCGCGGGGUGAAGGUGUACACGAUGGACCGCGGCCUCAUCUCCUACAAGGGGCUGCCCCCCGAGGCCUGGCAAGAGUGCCCGUCCGACUCAGAGGAGGAUGAGGGCCGGGGCGAGAGGACCGCCUUUAUCAGAGACCAGAGUGUCCUCUGACGAGCGCCUGCGGCCGCCCCUUCAAACCCACCCCCUCCUUGGGCACUUUUUAAUUCACCAAAGUAUUUUUUUAUCUUGGGACUGGGUUUAGACCCCAGCUGGGAGGCAAGAGGGGCAGAGACAGCGUCCCGCCCUAUCCUUGGGCUUCCUGGCUGCCUGAGGUGGGGCCCCAGGACCAGCUGGGGGACAGGGGAGGGCCUCACCCGUCCCCCAGCACCCCUUCCGUGUGGAGAAAGGAGUGAAACCUUCAGGGCAGCUUUCUAGGGUCAUCCAGACCCCAGCCAGAGUUCCUUGCAGAGUGAAGAGGGGCAGCCCUUUUGGGAAUCCUAGCUCGGCUGCAGCUCUGGCCCCUUUCCGGUCCCUCUAAAGCAAUAAUGGUCCCCAUCCAGGCAGCAGGGAGACUGGCCCAAGGGGUAUGUGAAGGAGGAGGCCACCUCUCCAAGGGCUUGUGCAUCCCUGACCCGGACCCUCACCUCUGGUGAGCCUCAGGCAGAAGCAGCGAUGGAAGGAAGGGACCAAGGCGAGGCAGGUGCUUCCAGGGUGCGCGUGUAUGCACGUGUCUGUGUGUCCCUUUCACUACAGCUGGCUGCCCGCUGAGCUAGGCUGGCCCCGGGUGACCCCUACGCUGGCGUCCUGACCAUCCUCCCCUCCCGCCAGGGCCCAAGUCCCUGUUUUCUGAGCCCGGGGCUGCCUGGGCUGUUGGCACUCACAGUCCCAGAGCCCCUGGGUGGGUGGUGGGGAGGGACAGUGGCCCAGCCGGCCUCUCCCGCCUCCCACCCGAUGCUGCUUUCCCCUGUGGGGAUCUCAGGGGCUGUUUGAGGAUAUAUUUUCACUUUGUGAUUAUUUCACUUCAGAUGCUGAUUUUUUUUUCCUUUUUCUUUUUUUUUUUUUUUUUGUAUUUUUAACGGGGGUAGCAGCUGGCCCGCCCACCUUCACACACCCACUGUCCACCCUGCUGUUCCCCCUGACUGCCCUGGCCCUGAGGUGUUGGGGGGCUACAGCAUGUUGCUGGGGAGUGAGGAGUAGCUGAGCCCCAAGUUCUGAAGAGGUUGGCCAGUGGGCCCUAGGAAAGGGGGAUCGUGGUGGGAGAGGCAAGCAGUUGUCCAUGUUUCAAAUGGGGCUCGUGCCAAGGGCUCAUGGGUCACUGGUUCUCCAAGUGCCAGGGGUGGGCAGGUGGUGGCACUGUGCCCCUUCCAACACUGUGCCCUGGUGGAGAAAGCACUGACCUGUCCUGCCCCCCAGGUUCCCUUCUUCUGACGUGCCUUUUGCACCCCUCCCAUUAGGACAAUCAGUCCCCUUCUGUUUGGGAGACCCCUUUUCUUUCCCCUAGCCCCUCCUGGCACCCAGCCACCUGCCCGGGGUGCCCUCUUCUCACCCCCACCUCCUUGUGGCCAGCCCGGCUGGUUUUGUAAGAUACUGGGUUGGUGCACAGUGAUUUUUUUUCUUGUAAUUUAAACAGGCCCAGCAUUGUUGGCUCUAUUUAAUGGACACGAGAUGAUGUUAGAGGUUUUAAAGUGAUUAAACAUGCAGACUAUGCAAACCAGG